AUGCCAGGUAAACUUCUCGCACAAUACUGCCCUGCUCGUAGCCAGACAGACGCCAUUAUCAUGAACGGCGGCUUCCAUCAUGCCCCUGGAAAUAAAAGCACUUCUGGAAAGACUUCACACGCAGCCAACUUUAAUUCCGGGUCACGUAUAGAUGACCAAGAAUCAGCAGCAGAUCCAUCUCAGAUUAGGUUUUUGCCAAAACCUGAUGGACAGACGUCAAGGACAGCGUGGAAUAGAUGGAGCGGCAAAGAGAAAUGUCUGAUGCUCCUCAGCACAUUUCUGUUUCUCCUGUGUGUCACUUUUAUCGUUGUAGCUUUUACCAGAGAUCUGCACUUUAGAAACCAGUUACGGU